AUGUCAUCCUUUUACAAAAUCGGAUCAUGCUUCUCAUAUCAAAAAUGUCUUCUUUGUUUUACAGACCGAGCUAAAGAGCUAUGUGAAUGUGAUACCACACAAAAGCCCUCCCGUGUUAAAAAUGGUCAAAUUUAUAGCCAGGUUUAUGAUCCCAAUAAAACUUCUUUAAGUCAAAAAUUAUUUCUUCAAAACUCUAAUCGUGUUUUCACUUAUGGCUGUGAUUUUAAUAAUAAUUUUAAGCUUACAGAUUUUUCUGAUAAAAGUUUCGAUUUUUCAAUAGAUUCUGCUCUAUUAAGUAAAACUUCUGAUCUUUAUGAUUUUAAUAUAUUUCAUUCUGAUCUUAUUCAGCAUGUUUGCAACUGUAUUAAUGAUAAUAUUGAAAAAAGUGAAAUUGAAAUUUCUUAUAAAGUAAAUGGGCGUGGUCAAGCAAUGGCAUUGGAAGAUAGUAGUGAUUACGUUGCAUUCAUUACAGAGUACCGGAAUUUGGAUUCAAAAAAACACAUGGUGUUGAGUGUUUCAUUAAAAUCGUCUAAUAAACGAAAGUUCAAGAAAUCAAUUAAUGAAAAUGAUUCCGACAAAGAAAUGGCAAGAGUAAAAUCCAAAAAAUUCAAACAUAAUCGCUUAUCAAAAGAAUCUAGUCUUACAUCCGAUGAGAUUAAAUUAGCUGAAAUCAUUUCUCAAUUCAGGUCCAAAUAUCAAUGUGGUAUCCAUACUACAUCUUGCUACAUUGAUGGAGGUAAACAUCUUCAAUUAACACCUGCACG